AUGCCAGCACCCAUUGAGCGACAGUCGAUCGCCGCGCCAUCAGACGACGCAAUCGCCUCCGAGCUCUCCAAAGCUUUCCUCGUACCGCUCGGCUCCCGCUCCUACAGCAAACAGUAUGCGCAGCUCUACGAUUACCGCCUUGCCUACCUCAAGAAACGCAUCUUGCCCCGUGCAAAGUCAAGAUGGGUCGACAACUUUGAAGCUUUCUCUCAAUCUCAGUCUCAGCCUUUGUCGCAGCUCGACUCAUCGGAUGCUGGUCCGUCCAAUGGAGCUACCAAGCUGAGCAUGGACGAGCCACCCAAGUUUGUCGACCGCAUCCUGGAUGUGCGCCAAGGUGACAUUUGCUAUGUCGUCGGCAACGUCUACUGCGCUAUGCCGCUCAAACCUGACGUAUUGGAGGACUUGACGAGAGAGCAAUGGCUCGCGCCGCAACCGGUCAGGUCCAAAUUCGUCGAUUACGCCAGAGACGAGCUCUUCAUCGAGGACCAGUCGGGUCGUGUCAAGCUCGUCGGUGACGCCAUCCGCGGCGGCACCGCUUUACGGUCUAUGCUCAUCACUGGUGUCGUAGCUGCCGUGCUCGGCACAGAGACGCGAGCAGGAGACUUUGACGUCGUCGACGCUGUCUUUGCCUCCUUGCCCGCCUCCUCUCCUUCCAAGCCUUUGACGAGCGCAAAGAAUGGCCGGGCAAAGCACGAAGGCGCAGCACAAGAUCAAUGGGUCGUCCUCAUGAGCGGUCUCGCCAUCGGAGGAGAAGCAGCGCUCGAAUCCGAGCUCUCGAUGCAGGUCCUAGUUGAAUACCUCAGCGGCGAGCUCGGUGGCGACGACGACCGUAGCUCGGCAUCCAACAUCGUAGCAGCCGUGAUUGCUGGCAACUCGCUCGCGCCUCCCACACGCACCGAAGAAGAAGACAAACCCAAGCGGUAUGGUCAAGAUCAACCCACCUUCUCCUCAGCGCCCACUCUGGCGCUCGACCAGCUCCUCACAGAUCUGUGCUCCACCAUGCCAGUUCACCUGCUGCCCGGCGAGCGAGACCCAGCAUCGACAGCAGUGCCACAGCAGCCGAUCCACUUUGCCCUGCUCCCCCGCGCCGGUCGCUUCGACUCGUUGCAUCGUCACACCAACCCGGCAUGGGUUUCCAUCGGCGACCGCAAACUACUCGGCACGUCUGGCCAGAACAUCGACGACGUCUUCAAAUACGUCGACGAGACUGACGAUGCACGUAUCGAGAUGGCGCUCCGCACGCUGGAGUGGGGCCACCUGGCUCCGACUGCACCGGACACGCUGUGGUGCUACCCGUUCAAGUCGACGGAUCCGUUCGUGUUGAAGCACCGACCGGAUAUUCUCGUCGUCGGCAAUCAGCCUGCGUACGCGAGCGCCGUCUACAAGAGCGAUGGUGAGGCUGCAGCAGGAGAAGACGACGACACAGAGGACAAGGGCUGCAGGGUGGUACUGGUACCCGAAUUCGCCAAAACCAAGCAGGUCGUGCUGCUCAACCUCUCUUCGCUCGAAACAAAGCUCGUCUGCCUCGAAACACCGCUUUGA